CGCUGGAGCGGCCCCUUAUAGACGUUCGAGGAGCCAGCUGAGUGCCGUCCCGGCGCCCGACCGCCCACCGUCCGGCCCGCUUCUUCCUGAUGCAGACUGCCGUCCACUAGAGGCUGGACGGACCCCCGAGCUUCCAGGGUAUGGAUUGUGAACAAGUUGGUUUUGUUUCACAUGUUCAUUUACAGCGUUUUUGUGUUCUACCUUUCCAAAAUGAAAGUAUAUAGCUUUUGGAUUAAUGGAGUGCUGAUAAAAAUUAUGAUAUUAAUUUCAUCUUGUGCAUACUUUGCUGUGUUAGGUGAUUCAUGGCAGGGGACGUGGAAGGAUUCUGUUUCUCCAUCCAUGACACCAGGGUCUCUGCUGGGUUCAGAGCACUGUAUGAGGAGGGAUUGCUUCUUGAUGUCACUCUGCUUAUUGAAGAUCAUCAGUUCCAGGCCCAUAAAGCACUCUUGGCCACCCAGAGUGAUUACUUCAGAAUUAUGUUUACCGCAGAUAUGAGGGAGCGAGAUCAGGACAAAAUUCAUUUAAAAGGUCUAACUGCUACCGGUUUCAGCCACGUCCUUCAGUUUAUGUAUUAUGGAACUAUAGAACUGAGUAUGAGUACUGUUCAUGAUAUUCUUCAGGCUGCCAUGUAUGUUCAACUUAGAGAAGUGGUGAAGUUCUGCUGCUCUUUAGCAAAAAUCUGCUUAGAAAACUGUGCAGAAAUUAUGAGACUCUUAGAUGAUUUCGGUGUAAACAUCGAGGGAGUCAGGGAGAAGUUGGACGCCUUUCUGCUAGACAACUUCGUACCACUCAUGUCCAGGCCUGACUUCCUGUCUUAUCUGAGCUUUGAGAAGCUCAUGCCUUACUUGGAUAAUGAUCAUCUGAGCAGGUUCCCAGAGACAGAGCUGUACGAGGCUGUGCAGUCUUGGCUGUGGCAUGAUAGAAGACGCUGGAGACAUACCGAUACCAUCAUUCAAAACAUCAUUAAGACAUCAGAAUUUUAUAGAUACUCCCGACAGCUGCGCUAUGAAGUUGACCAAGCCUUGAAUUACUUUCAGAACGUUCACCAGCAGCCUCUGUUGGACAUGAAAUCAAGCCGCAUCCGCUCUGCCAAACCCCAAACUACAGUAUUCCGAGGCAUGACUGGACAUAGCAUGGUUAACAGUAAAAUACUUCUCUUAAAGAAACCAAGAGUCUGGUGGGAACUGGAGGGCCCACAAGUACCUCUGCGUCCGGACUGCCUUGCUAUCGUGAAUAACUUCGUGUUCUUGUUGGGUGGGGAAGAACUGGGCCCAGACGGCAAAUUCCAUGCUUCUUCCAAAGUGUUCAGGUAUGACCCGAGACAAAACUCUUGGCUCCGGAUGGCAGACAUGUCUGUACCACGUUCAGAAUUUGCAGUUGGUGUUACUGGAAAGUUUAUUUAUGCUGUAGCAGGCAGAACCAGAGAUGAGACUUUCUAUUCAACAGAGAGAUAUGAUAUCACCAAUGAUAAAUGGGAAUUUGUGGAUCCUUAUCCAGUUAACAAGUAUGGACAUGAGGGGACAGUGCUCAAUAACAAGUUGUUUAUCACUGGUGGAAUCACCUCAUCUUCCACCUCCAAACAAGUGUGCGUGUUUGACCCCAGUAAAGAAGGGACCAUAGAACAGCGGACCAGGAGAACUCAAGUAGUUACCAACUGUUGGGAGAAUAAGAGCAAAAUGAAUUACGCUAGAUGUUUUCACAAGAUGAUUUCUUACAACGGCAAGCUUUAUGUCUUCGGUGGUGUCUGUGUGAUCUUGAGGGCCUCUUUUGAGUCUCAGGGAUGCCCUUCCACAGAAGUGUACAACCCAGAGACUGAUCAGUGGACCAUCUUGGCGUCCAUGCCAAUUGGUAGAAGUGGCCAUGGUGUGACUGUGCUGGACAAACAGAUAAUGGUUCUUGGAGGCCUUUGCUACAAUGGUCAUUACAGCGAUUCUAUUCUCACUUUUGAUCCGGAUGAAAACAAAUGGAAGGAAGAUGAGUACCCGCGGAUGCCCUGCAAGCUGGAUGGUUUACAAGUAUGCAACCUACAUUUUCCAGAAUAUAUACUGGACGAGGUCAGACGUUGCAACUAA